AUGAAGUCCGUCCUCACUUUGUCCGUGGCCGCUGUCGCCAGCGCUGCCUCCUUCAGCGUCGGCACCGUCCACGAUAAGGCUGCCCCCAUCCUCAGCUCCAUCGAUGCCGAGACCAUCCCAGACUCGUACAUCAUCAAGUUCAAGGACCACGUCGAUGGCGCUGCCGCCAGCGAUCAUCACAUGUGGGUUCAGGACGCCCACAAGGAGGGCGAGACUGAGCGCAUGGAGCUGCGAAAGCGAUCCAUGUCCUUCUCAGACAAGGCCUUCUCUGGCUUGAAGCACACCUUUGACAUUGGUGAUGCUUUCAAGGGCUAUGCCGGCCACUUCGAUGAGUCCAUGAUCGAGAAGGUCCGAAACCACCCUGACGUCGAGUUCAUUGAGCGAGACACCCUCGUUCACACCAUGGUUCCUGUUUCCAACAAGAACAUGAUCACAGAGGACAAGUGUGACGGCGAGACCGAGAAGCAGGCUCCUUGGGGUCUUGCCCGUAUCUCCCACCGCAGCACCCUCAACUUCGGUACCUUCAACAAGUACCUCUACUCCUCAGAUGGUGGUGAGGGUGUUGAUGCCUACAUUGUUGACACUGGUACCAACGUCGACCACGUCGAUUUCGAGGGCCGUGCCCACUGGGGUAAGACCAUUCCCUCCGGCGAUGCCGACGAGGAUGGCAACGGUCACGGUACUCACUGCUCCGGUACUGUCGCCGGUAAGAAGUACGGUGUUGCCAAGAAGGCCAGCGUCUACGCUGUCAAAGUCCUUCGAUCCAACGGCUCCGGAUCCAUGUCCGAUGUCGUCAAGGGUGUCGAGUUCGCUGCCACCAGCCAUCUUGAGCAGAAGAAGAAGGCCAAGGACGGCAAGCGCAAGGGCUUCAAGGGCUCUGUCGCCAACAUGUCUCUCGGUGGUGGCAAGACUCAGGCUCUCGAUGCCGCCGUCAACGCUGCUGUUCGCACCGGCAUUCACUUUGCUGUCGCCGCUGGCAACGACAACGCUGAUGCUUGCAACUACUCCCCCGCUGCUGCCGCUGAGCCCGUCACUGUCGGUGCCUCUGCUCUUGACGAUAGCCGUGCCUACUUCUCCAACUACGGAAAGUGCACUGACAUCUUCGCCCCCGGUCUGAACAUUCAGUCUACUUGGAUCGGCUCCAAGUACGCUGUCAACACCAUCUCCGGUACCUCCAUGGCCUCUCCCCACAUCGCUGGUCUUUUGGCCUACUACCUCUCUCUUCAGCCCGCUGAGGACUCCGAGUACGCUCUCGCUUCCAUCACCCCCAAGAAGCUCAAGGAGAACCUGAUCUCCGUCGCUACCGAGGAUGCUCUCUCCGAUAUCCCCUCCGACACCCCCAACAAGCUUGCCUGGAACGGUGGUGGCUGCAGCGACUACAAGAAGAUCGUCGAGGCUGGUAGCUACAAGGCCAAGUCUGCUUCUCCCUCUUCCCCUGUUCAGGAGCUCAAGCAUGCCGUUGAGAAGGAGAUCGGUGUCGUCUCCGACAAGUUGACCACUGGUGCUAAGGAGGUUGGCUCCAAGGCUGAGAAGUUCUCCAAGAAGAUCCACGAGCUUGUCGACGAGGAGCUUGAGCAGUUCAUUAAGGAGCUGAACCUCCCGAUCCGCAAUCUUGAGUCCAUUGACCCUGUAAGGGCUGAAAGGGACGCCAACAUUGCUGCCGUCGUUUCCUAUAAUCGAGCUCAGGAUCGACCUAUUAGUGAGGGAAUGAGUAUACCGCGUGAUCCAGCGAGCUUCUACCCCGACAAUAGCGAUGGCACUGGCAGCGUCAUUAGACACAGCCCUGAGCGAAAUGGCAGUGCCCUGAGCCGCCAUGGCAAUCCAAAUAUCGCUCGAAACCAGAGUGUCCGCUUUACUGGACCUUCGGCUCUUCCCCGUCGAACCCUGGCAUCAAGAGCGAAUGGUGGUCGAGACUCGCCCACAAAAGCAACUUCAGCGAUCCAUGCUUUUGGCCACGCAAAACCCAGACCCUCUACUGCAUUGUCGUUCCAUCAGGAAAGGCCAGACAACUUCUCCCUUACACGACGUUACCUUGAGUCUCUGCAGCCACCCAACGCGUGCUACAACCCUGAGGACGAUGCUGUGUCCAUACCUGCAUCCUUCAAAAAGGUUCGAAAGUCCCGAUCAAUGUUGACUUCACCACAUCCCGCGAUAGGGACACUGUCCGACAAGAACGGGUCUAUCAAGGAUUGCCCGCCGCCUGUACCCUUAGCAUACUCGCGUACGAAUAAUGAGAAUGACGCCUUGAAAGGGACGAGACUCCCUACCAGCAGUCUCAGGGCUUCAACUUCAAUGAGCUACCUCAAAAGCCGACGAAAGACAGCGGCGUCGUGUUCCAGCAGCCGUGCCGACGACAAUGAACUUGCGGUUCAACUUGCCAGAGAGAGAUUUCGACAGAUUCAGGAGGAGGAUGAACAGAAAGCCCAGUCAUCUGCAUUGUUGCGAUCAAAGAACAGGCAGAAUGAAGGACAUGCAGGCCUUCGCAAGUCCCUCCGAAACAGCAGCAACAAUAGCACAGCACUUUCCUCGACAUUUUCCACCACCAGCAUCUCUGUGUCCAAGCAACGAGGGAUUCGAAGAACGGCGCGCAAAGUCUCCCAUGGACUAAGAUCAAAGAUACGAGGACUUUUCAGUAGAGGAAAGAAUGACGAGGACCCGGAACAACAAGAAUACGAACAAGGUGCAGCAGAAAAGGAUUCCGACGGGGACAGUUGCUUACAACUAGGAGAUGCUGAGGCGACUGAGGAGGCUUCCAUGUUUCAGGUUACAUCGCAUGUCCCCUCAUUGCACGACAUACCAUCAAACCAACAACUUAGGUCUCGCAAAGGCAGCGUCGAAAGUUUCGCUGAUAGCGAGCACCAUAUUCCUGACGACAAGUCUCGUGUCACCAGCUGGACCAAUUCUAUGUCAAAUACAGUGACAAGCCAUGGGACAUUCGGAGAUUGGGAGAGGCAGCGUCUCUCUGUUAUCAAGGAGAAUGGAACGCAUAUUCCUUCAUCACUUCGUUCGAUUGAGCCUUUGGAGCAACAGACUCGAGAAAUGAUAGCAGAUAUGUCGAUUGAUAGUGAGCGCGUUUACUCUGCUCUUAUGAAGCGGCUCGGACGGAAAGAUACCGAUGAUGGGGUCUUGGAAGCGCAGCCUGACUUAAUCACGAGUGAGACAAGCCCGGAGCAACAUACUGAGAAUUAUAAGUCAGCAAACAUCCAAUGGGACUGUUCUACCAUUCGACGUGUUCGGCCUGAAGACGAGGCUCUCAGAAACGACGGAGAUCAAUCUUCUCAAAGCUCGAGUUCGGCUACUGAGGUUCCAGAUAAGUCCUGCCAUUUGCCUCAGAAAGUCUCCCUACCUGUACAUGAGCACCCCACUAGCUGGGAUUGGAGUGAUGAUAGAGAGGACUCUGAAAACGACCGCACCAGUGUACUACUCAGUGGACUUGAACUGCCAAGAACGAUGAGCCAGAGGAGCUCUGCCUUUUUCGCAAGCCCAUCCUGUCACUCGUUCCGGUCACCAAGCCCCUACCGUCGUGCGCUGCAGGCUAGCAUGAAAAACUCCUCUGAAGAUGAACAAGACGGUCUACCAGGGUCACAAUAUCUUCACUCACUAUCAGCCCUGAGCCUGCCAGCUCGCCAGAACAGCAACUCGUGUUCUGAGAAAGACUUCCAAGUCGCAGAUACGGAAAGCGUCUACUCUUCUGUAGCGGAUGAUGCCAAGCCAACAUCUACAGCCACGGAAUCUGAAAUCUGGGGACAGUCCACAGCGCACGCAUACAACGGUCCAGGCCCGUCCGACGUCCCGGUCUACGAAUCAGGGCAACAUCACCAACGUGAUACAUCGACAGCCAGCUCUGUGGAAUGGAAGACUUGGCUCAGUUCGAAAGUGUCGAAGCUUGAGGCACCUCUUACACCAACCAAAGGAGAGAGGAGGCAAGGCAGUGGUGUUCUACCACUACUUGGCCAUGUCAGAGAAUACGCUUCGAUGGGCUCUACCCCCGAGCUUGCUGCGACUACAAACGAUGGCUUAUCGAACCGUAGCCCUUUAAGCAGGGUGAAAGGGAACGCGCAAAGCUUUCACGACGGCCACAGUCGCUCAAAUUCGAUACGUCAAGUUGUCAUCGGAUACGAUGAGAAUACGUCACCCAAUCACAAGCCCAGUAUAUAUGCAAAAGAGAGGCCCCCAUCGAUACCGCCACGGAGUACUCUCAGAGCAGUGCCUUCUCUUCCGAGUGUAGGUUCAAGAGGGGAUAUGAUGGACAUGGAGCCAGUGAAGGGGAUGCAACGCAUGCGCUCUCUGAACACUAUCGGGCGUUUCAAUUCAACAUUAGAGGAGUCUAUCACCAAACGGCGCUCUCGGGCACGUCUUUCCGGCUGGCAAGGCUCACCAACCAAGUCAGGUCCUGGGAUUGGUUCCUUUGCCAAAGGUUAG